GCGAGGCGAGGCCGCGCACCCGCCGCCCUGCGCAGCCAUGGCCGAGCGCCGCGCCUUCGCGCAGAAGAUCAGCAGAACUGUGGCUGCUGAAGUUAGGAAGCAGAUCUCCGGACAGUACAUUGGUUCUCCGCAGCUGCUCAAAAACCUUAACAUUGUUGGCAAUAUCUCCCACCACACCACAGUACCCCUAACUGAAGCAGUGGAUCCGGUGGACUUGGAAGAUUACCUCAUUACUCACCCUUUAGCGGUGGAUUCUGGGCCUUUAAGGGAUUUGAUUGAGUUCCCACCAGAUGAUAUUGAAGUUGUUUACAGUCCGAGGGACUGCAGAACACUUGUCUCAGCUGUACCCGAAGAAAGUGAAAUGGAUCCUCAUGUUAGAGAUUGUAUCCGAAGUUAUACAGAAGAUUGGGCAAUUGUAACGAGAAAGUACCAUAAACUGGGAACAGGAUUUAAUCCCAACACGUUAGACAAACAGAAAGAGCGGCAACGAGGUUUGCCAAAGCAAAUCUUUGAGUCGGAUGAAGCUCCAGAUGGCAACAGCUACCAGGAUGAGCAAGAUGAUCUGAAAAGACGUUCAAUGUCCAUCGAUGAUACCCCCAGGGGGAGCUGGGCCUGCAGUAUUUUCGACUUGAAAAAUUCACUCCCCGAUGCUUUGCUUCCCAAUUUACUCGACCGAACCCCAAAUGAAGAGAUCGACCAUCAGAAUGACGACCAAAGGAAAUCGAACCGCCACAAGGAACUCUUCGCCCUCCACCCAUCGCCGGAUGAGGAAGAGCCAAUAGAGCGACUGAGUGUUCCUGAUGUACCCAAAGAACAUUUUGGCCAGAGACUUCUUGUAAAAUGUUUAUCGCUCAAGUUUGAGAUAGAAAUUGAACCCAUUUUUGCAAGUUUGGCUUUGUAUGAUGUUAAAGAAAAGAAAAAGAUUUCAGAAAACUUUUAUUUUGACCUAAAUUCUGAGCAGAUGAAAGGUUUGUUGCGUCCACACGUUCCCCCUGCUGCUAUUACCACGCUGGCGAGAUCAGCUAUUUUUUCUAUCACUUACCCUUCCCAAGAUGUAUUUCUUGUUAUAAAGCUUGAAAAAGUCCUCCAGCAAGGAGACAUAGGAGAAUGUGCUGAACCUUAUAUGAUUUUUAAGGAAGCGGAUGCCACCAAGAACAAGGAAAAGCUGGAGAAACUGAAAAGUCAAGCUGACCAGUUUUGCCAAAGGCUUGGGAAGUAUCGCAUGCCUUUUGCUUGGACUGCGAUCCAUUUAAUGAAUAUCGUUAGCAGUGCUGGUAGUUUGGAACGAGAUUCUACAGAGGUAGAAAUAAGUACUGGAGAACGCAAAGGGUCUUGGUCUGAGAGGAGAAAUUCCAGCAUCGUGGGUCGACGGUCGCUGGAGAGAACGACAAGUGGAGAUGAUGCCUGUAACUUGACGAGUUUCCGGCCUGCUACCCUCACUGUGACCAAUUUUUUUAAGCAGGAAGGAGACCGUUUAAGUGAUGAAGAUCUGUACAAAUUCCUUGCUGACAUGAGAAGACCAUCAUCUGUUCUGCGCCGAUUAAGACCUAUCACUGCUCAACUAAAGAUCGACAUUUCUCCUGCUCCGGAAAAUCCCCAUUACUGCCUCACUCCGGAGCUGCUGCAGGUGAAGCUUUACCCUGACAGCAGAGUCCGGCCGACCCGAGAAAUUCUGGAGUUUCCCGCCAGGGAUGUAUAUGUCCCAAAUACCACUUACAGAAAUCUUCUCUACAUAUACCCUCAGAGUCUUAAUUUUGCCAACCGCCAAGGUUCUGCCAGAAAUAUAACAGUGAAGGUCCAGUUUAUGUACGGGGAGGACCCGAAUAAUGCUAUGCCGGUAAUCUUUGGUAAAUCUAGCUGUUCAGAAUUUUCAAAGGAAGCCUAUACAGCCGUAGUAUAUCAUAACAGGUCUCCUGAUUUCCAUGAAGAAAUCAAGGUUAAGCUCCCUGCUACUUUAACUGAUCACCAUCACUUGCUUUUUACUUUCUAUCAUGUUAGUUGUCAACAAAAACAAAAUACCCCUCUUGAAACACCAGUUGGUUAUACAUGGAUCCCAAUGCUGCAGAACGGAAGAUUGAAGACAGGCCAGUUCUGCUUGCCUGUUUCCCUGGAGAAGCCGCCACAGGCUUAUUCUGUACUGUCCCCCGAGGUUCCACUCCCCGGCAUGAAAUGGGUAGAUAAUCACAAAGGUGUUUUCAAUGUAGAAGUUGUUGCUGUUUCUUCUAUCCAUACACAAGAUCCAUAUCUUGACAAGUUUUUCGCUCUGGUCAAUGCCCUGGAUGAACACAUGUUCCCCGUUCGAAUUGGAGAUAUGCGAAUCAUGGAAAAUAACUUGGAAAAUGAACUGAAGAGCAGUAUUUCAGCGUUGAGUUCAUCCCAGUUGGAACCAGUGGUUCGAUUUCUUCAUCUUCUGCUGGAUAAACUGAUACUUUUAGUUGUCAGACCUCCUGUCAUUGCUGGCCAAAUAGUGAACCUAGGCCAAGCCUCCUUUGAAGCCAUGGCGUCCAUUAUAAAUCGACUUCACAAGAACUUGGACGGUGGUCAUGACCAACACGGCCGGAACAGCCUCCUCGCCUCCUAUAUCUACUACGUGUUCCGCCUGCCCAAUACUUACCCUAACUCUCCAUCACCAGGUCCCGGGGGGCUGGGCGGGUCCGUGCACUAUGCCACAAUGGCCAGAUCAGCUGUGAGACCUGCCAGCCUUAACCUCAAUCGUUCUCGGAGCCUCAGUAAUAGUAACCCAGACAUUUCUGGGACUCCUACAUCACCCGACGAUGAGGUUCGCUCAAUCAUCGGCAGUAAGGGUUUAGAUCGCUCCAAUUCCUGGGUUAACACUGGUGGUCCCAAAGCUGCCCCCUGGGGAUCCAACCCCAGUCCAAGUACAGAAUCAACACAGGCUGUGGAUCGAAGUUGUAAUCGUAUGUCUUCGCACACUGAGACGUCAAGUUUCUUGCAAACAUUAACGGGACGCUUACCAACCAAAAAGCUUUUUCACGAGGAGCUGGCACUGCAGUGGGUAGUGUGCAGUGGCAGUGUGCGGGAAGCCGCUCUGCAACAAGCCUGGUUCUUUUUUGAGUUGAUGGUAAAGAGCAUGGUGCAUCAUUUAUACUUUAAUGAUAAACUCGAUGCUCCAAGGAAGACCCGGUUUCCAGAACGUUUCAUGGAUGACAUUGCCGCGCUGGUCAGUACGAUUGCCAGUGACAUUGUGUCACGAUUUCAGAAGGACACAGAAAUGGUUGAGAGACUCAACAUGAGUCUUGCCUUCUUUCUCAAUGACCUGUUGUCUGUGAUGGACCGAGGAUUUGUCUUUACCCUUAUAAAGACCUGCUAUAAACAGGUUUCCACAAAGCUUUACUCAUUACCAAAUCCAAGUGUCCUGGUGUCUUUGAGGCUGGAUUUUCUACGGAUCAUCUGCAGCCAUGAGCACUAUGUUACCUUGAACCUACCUUGCAGCCUCCUCACUCCCCCUGCAUCCCCAUCUCCUUCUGUCUCCUCUGCAACAUCUCAGAGCUCUGGAUUUUCCACAAAUGUACAAGACCAAAAGAUUGCCAACAUGUUUGAAUUGUCGGUGCCUUUCCGCCAGCAGCAUUAUCUGGCUGGCCUCAUCUUGACAGAGCUGGCUGUCAUAUUGGACCCCGAUGCUGAAGGACUGUUUGGAUUGCACAAGAAAGUUAUCAACAUGGUACACAACUUGCUGUCCAGCCAUGACUCGGACCCUCGAUACUCUGACCCCCAGAUCAAGGCGCGGGUGGCUAUGUUGUACCUGCCGCUGAUUGGCAUCAUCAUGGAGACAGUCCCUCAGCUCUAUGACUUCACAGAAACUCACAACCAGCGAGGAAGGCCCAUCUGCACAGCCCCUGAUGAUUGCGAGAGCGAGAGUGGGAGCAUGAUCAGCCAGACCGUUGCCAUGGCGAUCGCGGGGACCUCGGUCCCCCAGCUCACACGCCCCGGCAGCUUCCUCCUCACAUCCACGAGCGGACGGCAGCACAACACCUUUUCAGCCGAGUCCAGCCGCAGCCUUCUCAUCUGUCUCCUCUGGGUGCUCAGGAAUGCCGACGAGACUGUGUUGCAGAAAUGGUUCACAGAUCUUUCAGUUCUGCAGCUCAACCGGCUCCUGGACCUGCUGUACCUCUGCGUGUCCUGCUUUGAGUACAAGGGCAAGAAAGUGUUUGAAAGAAUGAACAGUUUGACCUUUAAGAAGUCCAAGGACAUGAGAGCAAAGUUGGAAGAAGCGAUUCUGGGCAGCAUCGGUGCCAGGCAAGAAAUGGUGCGGCGAAGUAGAGGACAGCUCGAGAGAAGCCCCUCCGGAAGUGCCUUUGGAAGCCAGGAAAACCUGAGAUGGCGGAAAGACAUGACCCACUGGCGCCAAAACACAGAGAAGCUGGACAAAUCAAGAGCAGAAAUUGAACAUGAAGCCCUGAUUGAUGGGAAUCUGGCUACUGAAGCAAACCUCAUUAUUUUGGACACAUUGGAGAUUGUUGUACAGACCGUUUCCUUGACGGAAUCCAAAGAGAGUAUCCUUGGGGGAGUGCUGAAGGUGCUUCUGCACAGCUUGGCCUGUAACCAGAGUGCCCUUUACCUGCAGCACUGCUUCGCCACCCAGAGAGCCCUGGUUUCCAAGUUCCCAGAGCUGCUGUUCGAGGAGGAGACGGAACAAUGUGCCGACCUGUGCCUGCGGUUGCUCCGCCAUUGCAGCAGCAGCGUGGGCACUAUCCGAGCCCAUGCCAGUGCUUCUCUCUACCUGCUCAUGAGGCAGAACUUCGAGAUUGGAAACAAUUUUGCGCGAGUUAAAAUGCAGGUCACCAUGUCACUGUCUUCCUUGGUUGGCACAUCUCAAAAUUUUAAUGAAGAAUUCUUAAGGCGCUCCCUGAAGACGAUACUAACAUACGCAGAAGAAGACCUGGAACUGAGGGAAACCACGUUCCCGGAUCAGGUCCAGGAUUUGGUUUUCAAUCUCCAUAUGAUCCUUUCAGACACUGUGAAGAUGAAGGAGCACCAGGAGGACCCCGAGAUGCUGAUAGAUCUGAUGUAUAGAAUCGCCAAGGGCUACCAGACCUCACCAGACCUGCGGCUGACCUGGCUGCAGAACAUGGCUGGAAAGCACUCGGAGCGCAGCAACCAUGCCGAGGCCGCGCAAUGCCUGGUCCACUCCGCUGCUCUAGUGGCCGAGUACCUAAGCAUGCUGGAGGAUCGGAAGUACCUCCCCGUGGGCUGCGUCACCUUUCAGAAUAUUUCAUCCAAUGUUCUAGAAGAAUCUGCCGUCUCAGACGACGUGGUGUCUCCGGACGAAGAAGGUAUCUGCUCUGGAAAGUACUUUACUGAGUCUGGACUUGUGGGCUUGCUGGAACAAGCAGCUGCUUCCUUCUCCAUGGCCGGCAUGUAUGAAGCAGUGAAUGAGGUUUACAAAGUGCUUAUUCCUAUCCACGAAGCCAACCGGGAUGCCAAGAAACUGUCGACAAUUCAUGGUAAACUGCAGGAAGCAUUCGGCAAAAUAGUUCACCAGGAUGGUAAGCGGAUGUUUGGCACUUAUUUUCGUGUUGGUUUUUAUGGAAGCAAGUUCGGGGAUUUGGAUGAACAAGAAUUUGUUUACAAGGAGCCUGCAAUAACCAAACUGGCAGAGAUAUCUCACAGAUUAGAGGGAUUUUAUGGAGAAAGAUUUGGAGAAGACGUGGUUGAAGUAAUCAAGGAUUCCAAUCCAGUGGACAAGUGCAAAUUAGAUCCCAACAAGGCGUACAUUCAGAUCACCUAUGUGGAGCCCUACUUCGACACGUAUGAGAUGAAGGACAGGAUCACAUAUUUUGACAAGAACUACAACCUUCGCCGCUUCAUGUACUGCACGCCCUUCACUUUGGACGGCCGUGCCCACGGGGAGCUGCACGAGCAGUUCAAGCGAAAGACCAUCCUGACCACAUCUCACGCCUUCCCCUACAUCAAGACCAGGGUCAACGUCACCCACAAAGAGGAGAUUAUAUUAACGCCCAUCGAGGUGGCCAUUGAAGACAUGCAGAAAAAGACACAGGAGUUGGCCUUCGCCACCCAUCAGGAUCCAGCAGAUCCCAAAAUGCUGCAGAUGGUGCUCCAGGGCUCUGUGGGCACCACAGUGAACCAGGGGCCUCUGGAAGUUGCCCAAGUUUUCCUAUCUGAAAUCCCGAGUGACCCCAAACUCUUCAGACAUCAUAAUAAGCUGAGACUAUGCUUCAAAGAUUUCACUAAAAGGUGUGAGGAUGCCUUAAGAAAAAAUAAGAGCUUAAUCGGGCCCGAUCAAAAGGAGUAUCAAAGGGAACUGGAGAGAAACUACCAUCGGCUCAAAGAGGCUCUGCAGCCUCUGAUUAACAGGAAGAUCCCCCAGCUGUACAAGGCAGUGCACCCCAUCACCUGCCACCGAGAUUCCUUCAGUCGAAUGAGCCUGCGCAAAAUGGAUCUUUAAAAUAAAUACAACUUGCUUUCUUCUUUCAAAAAGAGCCAUGUAGUCAACUGGAGCGUGAAGUUAAGAUCUGAAGAACUAAGACUUGGGACUUAACUCUUGGAAGUAUAGCACUAAUAUAUUCACUGAAGAAUGCAGUGGCCGAACCAGUACCCACACGUAGCUUGUCAAGUGCGAGAGUCAUGGCUGUGGUUUCUAACGUGCUGGUAUAUGCUGUGGCUUUUUUUUAAGACACAAUGACUCAAAGGUACAAUAUACAUCUACCUUAUUUAUAACAUAGCUAAUGUUAUUUACCUUAAGUUUGUAUUUUUUUAAUUUAUAUUAUCAUUUAUAGAAUCAUUUUGGAACCAUUUUAAAUGUAGUAAUGCAAUUAUUUUAAAGGUACUAUUAAAUAUGUGGACGUUUACACUAA